GAAUCACAUUACAAAUGUUUGAUUUCAUAACAAAUUACGCUUCAAUUAAUUUGCUUCCUGCAAUUUUCGCUUCUCUUUUUGCAUCCAUUCAUUUUCACAACAAAACAAUGCUUCGCAAAUCCUUAAAUUUAAUUCAAGUUUAUAGCAGUAAUCAGUUUCGUCAAAAUAUAAGAACACUUUACGUGAGUGCUACAAAUGAAGCCGCUCGAAAGGGAACACGUGAGAAAGCACGUGCCAAGAAGGUGAAGGUUGAAAUCAAGAAAGUCGCCUUCGUGCCAUUCAACCGAAAAAAGCUUAAAAUUGAUAUGACAAAUAAACACAUCGACGACUCUUGGAAAGCCAUUCCAGCUGAUGAUGUGUAUGUUGGAAAAUAUUAUCGUUGGCGAGUUUAUACAGCUCCUGAAGCUAUAGAAGCCCACAAGGAAACUCAUCAUCCUUCUAUGUACAACGAACCAAAUGCUCCUUUAUUUGCUCAUGUCGAAUUGAAUAUGCAAGGAGAAAAAGUAACAAGAUUUGUUGAAAACUUUUAUCGAAUCGCUCCAGUUCAACAUAAAUUCGAUCAUGGACAAGAAAGAACAAUUUUAGUGUUUACUAAAGGACAAGAAAACAUAGAAAUGGCAAAGAAUGCUGGCGCAACGUAUGUUGGAGGUACUGAGCUGGUGAAGGAUAUUCAAAACGGUGAUUUACUUUUAACUGAUUAUCAAUAUGCUAUUGCACAUCCAAACAUUCUUCCCGAUUUGUUACCAAUUCGUGGUUUGAUGAAGAAAAAGUAUCCAAACCCAAAAAACGGAACUCUCGGAGCAGACUUAGAUGAGAUCAUUCGAAGGUUUCAAAAUGGUAUUCAAUAUUCAGCAAUGAAAGAUGAGAACCAAAAAGAUUUCGGACUCAUCACAGCUCAAAUCGGAACACUUGACAUGGAGACAAGUCAUUUGGAAGAAAAUUUAGCUUCUUUGUUGAAAGAUGUCAAUACAGUAAGGCCGAAACGUGCAGGCAAAUUCAUAACAAGGGUUCUUUUAAAGAGCCCACCAUCAAAAGAACAAUUAAAAAUUGAUCCGUUCGUGUAUGUGGAUGUUGGAAAACCUGAAGUGAAAAAAGAAGUUACACUAAAAAAGAGUAAGAAAAGAGGACGAAGUUUCGCAAAAUCUGUAGAUGAAGAAGAAGUUGUUGAACCAGCAGUGAAAGAAGCAGCUAAUUGAAUAUCAUCUCAUACUAAUGUAAACAUCAAUUAGUCUGAAAUAAAAAUAAUAAAUAAACUUUAUAAUGAUUGAAAAUUCAUUUGAGAGGGAAAAA